UACAUUAUGUGUACCAAAAACUUACCAUAUUUUUUAUCUGGAUUAGUGGUUAAAGGUUUUGGUAGAGGUUCCAAAGAUUUAGGGGUACCAACAGCAAAUCUUGAUGACGAGGUAGUACAUAAUUUACCUAGUGAUCUUAAUACCGGAAUUUAUUACGGAUGGGCUUGUAUAAACGGCCAAGUUCAUAAAAUGGUUGCAAGCAUUGGUUGGAAUCCCUUUUACAAAAACGAAAAAAAGACAGUGGAAGUACAUUUACUGCACAAAUUUGAAAAUGAUUUUUAUGGAAAACAAAUUAAAGUAAUUAUCAUGGACUACAUACGACCAGAAAAAGAUUUUACUUCUGUAGAAGAAUUAAUGAAAGCAAUACAGAAUGAUAUUGCAGUUGCCAAAAAACAGUUGCAGCAAUCAGAUAAGAUUACUUAUAAAGAUAAUGCAUUUUUUACAGAAUAG